AUGUGUACCUCUUUGCUUAGAUACUGCUUAUUCGGUGACACGGUCAAUAUGGCAUCACGGAUGGAGAGCACUGGUGUUGCCAACAAAAUUCAAAUAUCCGAACAAUCACACAAUCUUCUUCGCUGCUUUUUCCACCAAUUCAUCACUGUGGAGAGAGGAAAAAUCGAAGUGAAGGGGAAAGGUGAGUGCACUACCUUCUUCCUCGAUGGCAAAAAGCCGGCGAAAUAA